CCUUAUGGCCAGCUACGACUUGUUCCUGUUCCAGCAUUUGAUUUCUCCAAGGCCGUUUCUGAUGAUUGCGGGGAGCAAUGCUCAGACGAUGCACUACAGUAGAACUGCUGCAGGUGAUGCAAAAGCGCCGAAGGAGUUGUCCGUUGUGCGGGGAAAGAAUCAUUUCCAGCUUUACGAUGACCUGAAUGACACGGCGCUGAAGCUUAUCGAGCUCUUUGGCAAGGCUUUGCAGUAGAGACGACAAAUUGUA